AGGGUCAAACUUGCACAAAGAAUAAGAGAAUCGCUUCCAUCUGUUUUUAUAAUGCAACAUUCCUGGUUAUUCUUUGAUUAGCGAUACCUUGGACAACACCCACUAAAGCAACAACAUCAACAACAACAACAACAACAACAACAACUACAACAACAACAAAACCACCUGUUUCUCCCAUAGUUACCAAAGCAAACAAUGUUAAACCAGAUAUUUCCACUAAACCAGCUGAGCCAUUAACUACUGCAUCAACAAAUAAUACUGGGCGAACACAGCAGAUUAAAGAUAAAGGUUCCCAAGGUGGUGCGUCAGUAGGGGGUGUAGUUGGGGGUGUAAUAGCAGCCUGUAUCAUUGUUGCCAUAGCAGCUAUAGCUGGCUUUUUCAUGUGGAGAAGGCACCAAGUUAACAAGCAGACAGCUCACCGUCAGUUUGAGAACCCAGUUGAUACCAUGCCAGAUGGGGUACCAAUCUCCCCUAUAUCAGACAAGGACCCUAUAGCCAAGUAUGAUGCCUCAAUGGACAGUGGUGCUGUAAGCAUAGCCUUUGACAACCCGGGCUAUAACAGCUUACGCGGAAAUAAGAACAACAACUAUGGGAAAAAUGGCAAUGCCAACACUGAACCACUGGGAAAUACAGCAGUAACUAACCCUACGUAUGGAUUCGCUCCCAAUGAUAAAAUUGAAAUUGCUGAAAAACCACCUCUUAAUGACUCUGAUUUCAUCAAUGCUGAGCUGCAGCCUGUUGAAGCGAAUGGAGGCCCCGAGGCCAAAAUUCCAGCGGGAGAUUAUGUUGACCCUGACUCUGUUAAGUUUGAGUUCCAGGAUGAUGUGUUAAAGGGGGAGGCCAGUAGUGUUUAACAAGGGUGCAGUUUUCAGACAAUACCCAAAUAAAGGAAUUCUUAUGAAGGAAUAUCAAUAUAUUGAAGGAAUAUCAAUAUAUUGAAGGAAUAUCACAAUUGAUUCACAAUAAAUAAGUUACAAUUUGGGUCACAACCUCUUUUCACCUGAUUGUUAUGUAUUGUGAUAAUACGUUGAUCUGGGUCUUGAAAUUGCUAUUCUAUAGAAUGUUGUAUAGUGACAUAUGAUAUUCAAACAUGAAGAACUUAUGAAUUGGAAUUGAAAUCAAUUUUACAUAAAGCAAAGGUGUCCCCUUACCCUGCGAAAUUGCUCACAUUUUUAAUGUGACUCGAUUCUCAUAUAUAUAUAGUAUAAUUUUCAUAGAUGGCAUUAUAAGAAUUUGUCAGUUCAAAUUGUUUUGAGAAACAAAAAAUCAAAGUUAUUUUAUACAGUGCAGUGCAGUCAUGACAUGUGACAUUUUCAUCAUGAUAAACCAUGACAUCUCAUUUCUUCUCAGCCCAGGUGAAACAGAAAGAUGCUAUGAGUAUCAGAAUGUGACAUUUUAUAUAAAUGAGGAAUGAAUCUACAUUAACAGUUUUUAUAAGAGAGCUUCGUUGUCU